AUGACAGUCACCAUCCCAGGAAAGCCUUCCCUGAACUCCCAGAGAGCUGAGAUUCAGAGAGCUAACCUCCAUUUUUCUCACUGCAAAGCGAAAAUUGCCACUAAGGCCAAUCCAUUGGAUGGGAAGUCGCUGAAGGCUGACAGUCUCCGGUCCCAGCUGGAGACGUCACUGAAGCGGCUGCAGUGCACCCAGGUGGACCUCUUCUACCUACAUGCGCCCGACCACAGCACCCCCAUAGAGGAAACACUUCGCGCCUGCCACCAGCUGCACCAGGAGGGCAAGUUUGUGGAGCUUGGUCUCUCCAACUAUGCGUCCUGGGAGGUGGCUGAGAUCUGUACCCUCUGCAAGAGCCACGGCUGGAUCCUGCCGACAGUGUACCAGGGCAUGUACAACGCCACCACACGACAAGUGGAAACAGAACUCUUUCCCUGCCUCAGGCACUUUGGACUGAGGUUCUAUGCCUUCAACCCUUUGGCUGGGGGCCUGUUGACAGGCAAAUACAAGUAUGAGGAUAAGGAUGGGAAACAGCCUGUGGGCCGCUUCUUUGGGACUAAAUGGGCAGAGAUCUACAGGAAUCGCUACUGGAAGGAGCACUACUUCGAGGCCAUUGCCCUGGUGGAGAAUGCCCUGCAGGCUGCUUAUGGCCCCAGUGCCCCCAGCAUGACCUCAGCUGCCCUGCGGUGGAUGUAUCACCACUCCCAGCUCCAGGGUGCCCAUGGAGAUGCGGUCAUCCUGGGCAUGUCCAGCCUGGAGCAGCUGGAGCAGAACUUGGCGGCAACUGAGGAAGGGCCCCUGGAGCCUGCUGUCGUCAAUGCCUUUGAUCAAGCCUGGCACUUAGUUGCUCAUGGAUGCCCUAACUAUUUUCGCUAG